AUGCCUCUAAAUUCUUCUUAUGAAAAUUCUUCUUCUCUCGUGCAAUCUUCUUCUUCUCUGCUGCUACAUUGCCAAGCCGAGGUCGCAGUGGAACGCAGUAAAAAUAAUAUCCUUUUAAAACGAAUUGAAACCUUAGAACGAUCACUUGAGAAAAGCACAAAGCACCUAAGAGCGUGCGAAAUUUACAAGAUCGUCACAUCCAUGGAUGGUGAAAAUGCCUUGGAUACCCUUCUGAGAGACGAUGGUUCACUUAGAACAAAACAGUUCAUCAAUAUACAGAAAAGGCAGUUAGAGGAAGCAAAAAAUAUCCAAAGAAGAUUGAGAGAAGAACUGCGUGCCGAGCGGGAACAACUUAGAGCGUCAAAGAAGAAGGAAAGCGACUUGGAGAAAAUUUUAAAGAACAUGGAAAGAGAACUACGUGAUGCCCGUGCCGCAAAUACUAUGCAGAUACCUCUCAGGCAAAGACUUCGUAACCCUCCCACUAUUCAUCAAACAGUCGAAAAUCGGGAGACCGCGGAUAUUGGAAACAUAAUUCAGCAAAGGAGAAGUAUAAGAAGACCUUUGAUGGAGAGGAGAAACGAAAGCGGUCCACGAGCACAUUUCGUCGAAAAAGAGGAGGAAAAUUGAUUAACAUUUGGAGAACGUAUAUAACUGUGAUUUUGAUUUUUGACCAUUUGUGAUUUCUAUUUUCCUGUGAUGCAUAAUGAUGCUGAUUUGUAGAAAAAGUUGCUUGAUUUUGUGAUUUUAUGAAAAUCCGUGCUAUGAUUAAUAAUUACCUUGUCAAAUAAACGUUUGAAU